AUGAUGUGCAACAUUAUUUAAUGCCCUGUCGGCUGCGGUUGAAAGUCAUGGCAGGUCCUGACUUGGUAAAAACUCUUUUGUACACCGUCAAUAAUCUGCUGCAACAGGAGAAAUACAAAGCGGCAUUGGCGGUUUUGAAAGGAUUCAGAAACGGCGUCGUAUAUGGGGCCAAAAUCAGAGCACCACAUGCCCUGGUGAUGACAUUUCUAUUCAGAAGUGGCAGCUUGAAGGACAAACUCAAAGCCAUUUUGAAGGCCACUUACACCCAUUCCCGAAACCUGGCCAGCUUUGUGUUCACAUAUAAAGGGCUGCAGGUCUUGCAGCAGAAGAUCCAGGGAAAGAGUUUACAGUCUCACUCCUUCCUGGCUGCCUGUGUUGGAGGAUGGUUAGUGUUUGGCGAUAACAACAGCAUCAAUAGCCAGAUCAACAUGUACUUGCUGUCCAGGAUCUUGUUCGCCCUGUCUCGACUGGCUGUAGAGAAAGGAGUUAUCCCCCAGCCUAAACACGACCCAUUCCCACUCUUCGCCACCCUGGUGUGGGGCAUCGUUUUGUGGCUGUUUGAGUAUUACCCACACACCCUCCAGCCCUCACUACAGUCUUCCAUGACGUACCUCUAUCAUGACAGCAAUGUAUGGCAUGACAUCACAGACUUCCUUGUAUAUAAUAAGCCAAGGACAGCUGCUUAGAAAUGAAGCUUUAGUCUCUUAGACUAGCUCUCUACAAUAUUACAAUUUUAUUUUUUUCAUAAUUACUAAUAUUCCAAUAUUAUUGAAUGUUGCCUUUAAUUUAUUGUUUGAUCAUAGUUUGUACUACAGGAAGUUUUUAUUUUUUAUUAAUGUUUGAUUUAUUGACAGAUGUAUUUUCUUGUGUCAUGAUUCAUGCUUGUUUGACUCCAAAUUUCCAGCUAAAGAAAUAUACCAGCAUAUUUGCAUUUCAUUGUUAUUGGACAAAAUCAGCUUUGAAUGUCAAUAUUUGUGUCCACUAUGACUGUCCUGCUGGUAUUUGGGUGAUUUUAGAAUUGUUGAUUUUAAUCUAAUCACUAAAUCCAGCUGCCACAGAAUAAAAGACAAAAGAUGUUUAAAA